AUGGUUUCCCGAUUACUUCUGCUGCUGCUUGGGGCUCUGAUGUGCAUCAGCUACGUGAGCGCAACUGAUGAUCUCAACCCCACAGUUGUCCGCCUCGUAUCCAUCCACCCGCACAAUGUCAGCGCGUUCACCGAAGGGCUCGUAUUCGACGACAGCACACUCAUCGAGUCGACGGGGCUUCACGGACAGUCCUUCAUUCGCGAAUACAGACUCUCGGACCUCAAGGUCGAUUUUUUCAAGGCAGGAGCCACGCAGUCCGUGCCGUUUUUGCACGAGUUCCGCUUCGAUGACGAUCUUUUUGGUGAGGGUGUGACCGUUCUAGGGGACAAGCUGUUUGCAUUAACUUACAAGGCGGAGAAGGUACUCGUUCUGUCUCGACAUGAUUUUCAGCUGCUUGGCCAGUUCCCCCUCACGACAUCUACUAAGGAGGGCUGGGGACUUACCACAGACGGUGAGUAUCUCAUCGCUAGUGACGGUUCCGCCGAGGUGCUCUUCUUUGAUCCAAAGGACGAGUUCAAGCUACACCAUAGCAUCACUGUCCGCCACGAUGGAAAAGAUGUGACCAACGUGAACGAACUAGAGUUUGUGGACGGCGAACUUCUUGCCAACGUGUGGCAUAAGAACCAUAUUCUGCGGAUUAAUAUCACAAAUGGUGACGUAAUGGAGCAGGUUGAUCUGAGCUGGAUACCCAACAUGGUGCCUAAUAUCAACACCAAGGGCAUGACGUCUUCCUCGUUGCGGGAUGAAGCCGUGAUGAAUGGAAUUGCCUAUGACCCCGUGACGAGUCACAUAUUCUUGACUGGCAAGCUCUGGGACUCCAUGUUCGAGCUCGAGCUGUCAUAUCUUAGCCCAUAUCGACGUUCUAUCGUCCAGUAG